CUGGUACUGGACUUUGACACCUAGGUUGCACUGAUCACCCACGUUCCUUAGUUUCCUUUUGCGCUCACAAGGGAAGUUAGAUUUCUUGCUUCAGAAACACCAACAGAAAAAACACAGGCACGUGAUGUAGGCUACAGUUCAUAUCUAUUUUUUACAGUCUCUGGUACAUUAUGCUGUUAGACAGCCUGCCUUUUGGUAGCGAAUAAACGUUUAACUUAAAUCGGUUAUUUCCCCAUAAAGUUUAAGUCGUACACCAUCGUCGAAAAAAUAAAAUGAAAUAAAAACACACAUUUACAUAGGCUUACAGUUGCCUACAGAUACCAACACUAUCAAUAUUAAUUCAAAUUCUGUUUCUCCCAGUCAGGAAUUCUCAAGUAACUGAUUGCAGUACCAAUUUUGAGUUAAUUUAACUCAAUUUAAGUCAUGUGGGUUACAAAUGAUACGAUCUGUGACAAGCUUUUUUAUUGACACAGCAACCAUAAAUAAGUCGUAUUUAUUCACAUUGUGUUGUUCAGCUAAUAAGAACAGUAUAUCCAGUAAAAUUUUUAAUGCAGUAAAGAUUUGUGAACUAGCCUACAUUUUAUCACUGCAUCCCGCCUCCUCUGCUUUGGUUAGCCUAAUUCAGUUCAGACCAAGGCGGUUGCCGAAGAAAAGAAACUGAAAGCUUUUCUCGGACUCGCUGGGCGCCUGUCGCAAACAAGAAUAGGCAAAGCGGGCAUCCUAAACGGCAGCAGAAAUGUCCCUCGACUUUUACGGCUGGGAGGUGACUUACGAUGACGACCAGCACCUACAGGCAGAACAAGUGCCCAAAUCGGGCAAGCUCUACACCAUGUAUCACGGCACUAAAGUACAGACUGCCCGUGACAUCAUAAAACAGGGAUUCCGCCAGUCUCCCGACGGCAUGCUGGGUCCGGGCGUGUAUAUCAGUCGCAACCAGAAGAAAGCUGAGCGCUAUCCUCUUCAUUCUUCCGUGAACGACCGGGUUGUUCUGAAGCUGCGUGUGGACACGGGAAAAGUUAAGCGCAUCGACACAGACAACCACCCAAUGCAGAAAACUUGGCACAGCCAGGGCUACGACACCGCCUGGGUCCCCCCGAACUGCGGCAUGCGGGCUGUACCCAGCGGCUUGGAGGAGGACUGCGUCUGGGACCCCAAUCGCAUUGAGGUGAUUGACAUCGCCCUGGCACCAAACACCACCAUUCUUGCCGAACUGAAAGGUCUCAUCGCCCAAGCAAAGAGCAAACCCGCCAACAACGGUCAGGGCUCGGGGGGAACGUGCCAGAUCUGCAAGAAGGCGACGUCCGCUCACGCCACGGAGAGGUGCUGGGGCUGUGGAGAAAACAUCUGCAUCUUCAUGAACAAACAUUUAUGCAAGUUCAGAAGCUGAGAGCUGGGGAAGAGUGUUGCAGAUACAAAUCAUUUCUUAUCCUUAAUGCUUCUAUUCUGAAUCAGGAAGAGUAACCUAUGUUAUUACAGUUUUAUCAGGUGAAACAAUUAGCUUCUCUCCUAUUUGUGAUAUAUAAACGAAAAUGUAAGGCCUUACAAUGAAGCCUAGCUUUAGGCUUUAUCUACUGCUUACCUCUGAAGGGCUGAUUUUUUUGAUUUACGAAUAUAUCACGUAAGUUGCCAAUUUGUCUUACUGCAAGAAAUUUGGUUAAAUAAACUGGUGAUCUCAGUAAUAGGCACUGCCAUCAGGAAAAACUGUCUAUUUUAUAAAAGCAGCCUGAAAUUCAACUGCCAAGCUGGUCACUGCUGGACUUAAUGUACUUUGUGUUUUUAAAAACUUGAAAACUUUAUUAUAGUUAAAUAAAAAAGGCUAUAAAAAAUGAGUUUGUCAUUUGUGAAGGCUAUAAAUAUGUACAAAUAAAUGUAGUUAGGUUUAUGAUUACAAAUUAAGAUCAAAUUAAGAAUGUAAUGCACACUGUAUAAAUGUGAGAGCAUAACUUUAAGGAAAACUGUUUUUGGAUAAAUUGGAAAAAGCCAGAGAGAUGAAAUGCUUUGUCUUAGUGAGGGUGAGACAUUCGUAAAAUUGCAAGACCAGACAGAUUCUCCAUAUAACUGAGCAGCACAUCUGUUUUAUAUAUUAUCUUUGUUUCUACAUGAGAAAAUAUGGAUGGAUUACAUACUCUAAGAUUGAUGGUCUCAUAUUUGCUCCUGUUGGAUUGUGGGAUAUUACUAAUGGCAAUGUGACUGGUUCCUUCGGAGGGCCCUUGAUUCUCUCAAAGGGACUGCUCGACAACUCUGGGAGUGCAUCCCAAUCGGUCUAUGGUCCCAAUACUGGCUUGCAUUGUAUUUAAUUUGUGGUCUGGUUAGGUCCCUAAUUAAUUGUGUGUUAUUUAGAUAGUGUACGAUGGUUAUCCUGAAUGUUUUAAUUGUUAUUGGGGAUAUUGCAUAUGCUUAUUGUUAAUGUACUAUGGUACAUUUUUAUGUAGUGUGGAACUGUCUUUAUGUCUUCUGUGUGGUGUAUAACAUUGAGGAAUACAUUGGAAAUAAGUAUUUUUAAUACUUUAAUGUGUUAUCCUCAGGAAAGACACUGCAUUUUACAGUUCUGUUUUAACUUUUUCCUCAAACUAAACUAAAC